CUGAAUAAGGCAGUGCUCCUCACUUUUUGCCCCUGUUAACCCUUCACAUCCCACACUGCUGCUGCACUCUGAAGCUAAAUUGUAAUAAAAAAAAAAAAGAUUCAUGCAAAAACAUUAAAACACUGAUCCGAAGACAUUCCUGAUGUCUUUGGAAUCACAUCAUCCUGGAUCCUGUGACAAGAGAAGCAAAGAUUCAGAGUGGAGGUGACAAAGAUGGAUGAGCUCAGAGAGUUUCCUCCUCCUUCUCCUUCAUCCUAUUUUGGGAGGUUCACAUAAGCAAUCUGAACUCUCUCUUCCCUCAACAAGCAUCUUUAUGAAGCACUGAGAUGUAAGUUGUGAUCUUCUGCACGAAGUUCAACAGAGAAGAAAGAAGCGAGACGGGAGUGUUGCAUCCAAACGCUGUCGUCAAAGGAGCUGGUUUGCAUCCUGAUAACAGCCAAUCAGGUUUGCUAAUAAGACAUGGAGUCAAAAAAUGAAGGGUCAACGCCAUUGACCAGUGAGGAAUUGGUCUCUAUUGAGGAUGAAGAUGUUCUCAACAAAAUGCUGGACAGUGCAGCAGAUUUUGAAGAGAGGCGGAUGAUUCGAGCUGCUUUGAGGGAUCUGCUCAAGAAAAAGAGAGAAAAAAGGGAGCAGGAGCGCGGGGUGAGGCACCAAGACCUGAAACAGCAGGGCUUGAAUAAAAGAGGGACAACAGGAGGAGCUGUCAGCGUCGGAAGAGCAUCUAUGAACCAGCAGCCGUCGGUGAACAAGUCAGCCUGUCAGCCGUCAUCCUCCACUCCAAUCAGCAAGUCCACAGGCAGGGCCGGUCCUGCUGCUGUCUCAGCCCAGAAAUGUUCCUUUGCUGAACCACCCAACGCUAAAAAUGUCAAACAAAUGCUUCUGGACUGGUGCAGGGCCAAAACAGAGCCAUAUGAGGGGGUAGACAUCCAGAACUUCUCAUCCAGUUGGAAAGACGGCAUCGCCUUCUGCGCCUUGGUGCACCGAUUCUACCCAGACGCGUUCGAAUACUCCACCCUGAACCCCUACAAGCCCAGAGACAACUUCCAGCUGGCUUUCAGCACUGCAGAGAGGCUGGCAGGCUGCCCCCCUCUCCUGGAUGCUGAGGACUUGGUGCGGAUGAAGGAGCCCGACUGGAAGUGUGUGUACACGUACAUCCAGGAGUUUUACCGCUGCCUGGUGGAGAAGGGCCUCGUCAAAACCAAGAAGCGCCCUUAAGUCUCCGAAAGCCCAUGAGUCACUGUGAUCUUUCCAGAUAAACGCCCGGAGAGAGCCUGAGGUCAAAAGGAUGACUUUCUGAUCGUGUCCAGAUAAAUAUUUACCAUUCGAUCCAUUUCACUGUGAACGAACGGUGACAAAUGGUUGGUAUUAGUUUGCAGGGAAUUGCUGCUGUCUGUGUGAUUUAAGGGAACAGCUGGUGCUUAGGGUCAGUUCAUUCCUCUGAAAUUACACAUCUGCAUUAAUCCCACUGUGAGUCUGAGCAUGACCUUCAUGAUAAUGAUGAUGAUGAUGCUGUCCAGGACUCGCUGCAGUCUGUGCGUCAGAUAAAUAAAUACUUAUUUCAUUA